AUACAGCAUUUUAUUUGAUACAUUGCAAAAAUAAAAUAAAUAUAAAUGAAUGUACCAUUAUAUGCAUAUUUUGUGUACAGCAUUUUUAUAAUGCCGAAUGGUUUUAUUAAAAUCUCGAUUACCUAUUACUUUUUCGCAGAAUCGGACCAAUGACCUCUGAAGUUUAACGAAGCUAAUAUAAAGUCUAAAUAAACGAGUACAAUAUCCGAAUAACUCUAAAAUAUAUACUAUACAAUUCCACGAAGAAAAUAUAAGGGAUGACAGGAUAGUGAUUUAAUGGAAUAUUUUCAUGAUCAUUAAAUCAGUAUUGGACCGAAUUCAAUAGUCGACGAGAUGAAACCGCGAGUACCGGACGUCUGUGCCACGAAGCUAUUGCGGCGUCGUGUCACUCACCGACGAGCCGCGCAUUCGUUUUUAACUUAGCUGUUGUAACUUCAAAUUUUCAGUGCAACAAAUCGUGUUUAAAGUGAGCUAGAAUAUUUAAAUUUUUAUCGUAUAUAGUGUGUUCUAUAAACUUUCAUAACCAUCUAAAAUCAUGUGCCGUGACAUUGCACUAAAAUUUAUAGAAGUGAAGGAAAUGAUAAUUAUAACUAGUGACUAAUAACCGUGAUUAUAUCUUUAAGAACAAGAAGUACAUAUUUUAUAAAACAAUUAUGUCCUAAUGUCAUGAGGAUAUCCAGUAAAGAAAAUGGAAGACUCUACUGAAGCAUUUUUUUUUUGAUAAAACGAUAUGAAAGUUAAUCAAAGUAAUGCAAACAACACAUCAUGGGUUCUACAGAAGACUUUAUUAAUGAAACUACCAAUGGCUCUCUAGUUGCUGACCCAACCCUCAUAUUUGGUCCUCAAAGAGAUCCAUUGUAUAUAGUUCUGCCUAUAACAAUAAUUUACUCACUUAUAUUUGUAACUGGGUUAAUCGGUAAUAUAUUUACAUGCUUAGUGAUAGUCAGAAACAAAAGUAUGCACACAGCUACUAACUAUUACUUGUUCAGUUUAGCAAUAUCAGACCUACUCCUCUUAGUAAGUGGAAUACCCCAAGAAAUGUAUUCUAUCUGGUCCAAAUGGCCUUACGUUUUUGGGCACAGCUUCUGUUUGCUUCGAGGUCUAGCAUCGGAGACGUCUACAAAUGCGAGCGUAUUGACAAUAACUCUAUUCACUAUAGAAAGAUACUUAGCGAUUUGUCAUCCGUUCGUCUCGCACAAGAUGUCCAAACUUUCACGUGCAACACGACACGUGAUGAUGCUAUGGGUAGCCGCCUUCGCAUUUGCAUUACCUCAAGCUCUACAGUUUGGCAUUAAAGAUCACCAGGGUAUCACAAUGUGUUUGCAAACACGUGUCAUAAUCGAACAUUCGUUUGAAUUAUCGACAUUUUUCUUCUUCUUUGCCCCGAUGGUCCUGAUUACAGUUUUGUAUUCACUCAUCGGUUUGAGACUGAGAAAAACUAGUAUAAGUAAAGACAAUAAUGACCAAAGAUUAUUUGAAAGAAGUCGCCACCUGACCCAUGAAGUUCGACGGAAGUCUAGCCAGUCGACGAAAAGAGUCGUCAAGAUGUUAGUGGCAGUUGUAGUAGCAUUUUUUAUAUGCUGGGCACCAUUCCACGCUCAAAGGCUGGUAGCAAUUUAUGGCACCACGGAAAACCACCAGGCGAAGUCCCCAAUACUGCUAAUGGUGUACUCCUUUCUCACUUACAUCUCCGGUGUAUUCUACUACGUGUCUACAUGUAUCAAUCCAAUUUUUUACCAUAUUAUGUCAAACAAAUUCAGAGAAGCAUUUAAGAAUACUGUAAUACAAUGGUGCUGUCAUAAAACUGAAAGAGCAAAUGGCAAACGCUGUUCGUAUACUGCCAUGGCUUUUCUACGUAAUCAAACUUCGUCGGGAACAAUGAACUCAGGUAACUCGCCAAAGAUUGAACUCUCAAAUGGUCACAAGAAAAAACACGACAGCAAAGAUAAUGCUCGUACUUACGAGCAUGAUAUGAAGAAUAAUUCUUGUAAUGAAUGCAAAAGGAUUGCAUCGUUGAACCGUGAAUAUCAUCUACAUAGUUGCUUUGAACAAAAGCUAUUAAAACUACAACCACCAAAAGAAGGAAAAAGGUAUAACUCCCAAACUACGCAGUCAGAUAGAACAGUUUUCGUCAACGAACAGCGACAGACGCGUAAAUUGUGCUGUUCCCAUCAAACUUUGCCUACUGAAGAAACUACGCCUGUCGAUACAACACGAUAGAUCUUACUCAAUAAAGAAGCAGGACAAUGAAUACGGAUAAGUUUCAGUAAAAGCAUGUUUUAUUAUUACUGUCAUCUCAGGUUUUAAAG